AUGGCAAACGUCUACUACUUCAACCAGCAGCCCCACCCAUUAUGGAACAUCUUGACGGACCUAGGGGAGCAUGGACUUCACAUGUUUCCCCAACAGAUGCCCCACGCUUAUGCUGAACAUGUAAAUCGGCAUCACCAUCACCAUCAACGAACCCAGAACACAAACCAACCUACCCCACCGGAUUCAGGAGCCCAGAACGCCCCUGACAACGACAAUAGCCGUUCCCAACCCCGUGCCGGUGGGGCUGACGAAAGCAGCGUUAGAGAACCUGAGCAGGAGGAAAACAUCAGGGAUCUUCCAUUCCGUGGCCGCGGAUGCCGUCGUGGCCGCGGUGGGCCUUGGGGGCAUGCUGUCCAUGCUGCCUGGGGUCCUCAUCGCCGACAGCGCCACUGCAGACCCGGCCCCGGGCAGCCAGCAGGGACACCCCCGGACUUCCUCCAGCAGUUCAUCAAUAACUUCUCCAACCAAUUCGGCGUUGACAUCAGCGAAGUGUUCAACCUAGUCAACGGCGCCUCAGCUGGACGAUCCGACGACAAACAGGUGGACUUUGUGCCCCGCGCCGACGUCUUCGACACGGCGGCCCAAUAUAUCAUCCACGUCUCCCUCCCCGGCGCACAGAAGAAGGACAUCUCGGUCGACUACAAUGUCGAGACCUCCACCCUCCUGCUCGCGGGCGUGGUGUACCGCCCCAACGUGGACGAGGAGCUCAGCAACGCCCUCGUCGUCGACGGGCGAUCUCGCGAAGUCGGCGUCUUUGAGCGGGAGAUCAGCCUUGGAUCCCGCGACCGGCCCGCCGCACAUGUCGACGCGGACAACAUCAGUGCGAAACUGGCUGAUGGUGUGCUCGUCGUCACUGUGCCGAAGAUAGUUGUCGACAGGGACUCGCUCAAACGGAGAAUCUCGGUGGAUCAGGUCAGGGAUGAGAAUGGCCGCGCGUCUGAGGCGGAUGCGGGAAGUGCAUAUGGUAGUGAGAAGGAGGAAACCGGCGUCGAGUCCCAGGCUAUGCAGAUUGAUUCCGAGAAUGAGGCUUCGGAGGCUGGCAGUGUGACAGCUGGCCGACGGUCGCCGCCAAGCCCCAGUGUUCGGUCGGAAGAGGAGGAGGAGCGGGACUAUGUUGCCGUGGAUGUGGACUAA